AUGCCACCAUGAACCUGACGCUGAGCUCCGAGCCCGGAUUAUUCCUGACCGACAGCUCCCCGGGGAUGCGGGCCAAUCCCGUCACAGCGUUUGUACCACAUGACAUCCAGACCGCCAAUGAUUCGCAAGCCACCAAUCUGACCGCCAAUGCCACUCUCGGACACACAAUCUGGCAGAUCGUGAUGAUCGUGUUCCUCUGCGGCUCGCUUUCCAUAGUUACCAUCACCGGGAACAUCCUGGUCCUGGUGUCCUUUAAAGUCAACAAGCAGUUGAAGACGGUGAAUAACUACUAUUUGCUCAGCCUGGCGUUCGCAGACCUCAUCAUCGGCGUGCUUUCGAUGAACCUCUACACUACGUAUAUAAUCAUGGACCACUGGGCGCUUGGGAACUGGGCCUGCGAUCUGUGGCUUGCCGUUGAUUAUGUAGCCAGCAAUGCUUCAGUGAUGAACCUGCUGGUCAUCAGCUUCGACCGGUACUUCUCCGUCACGCGUCCGCUGACGUACAGAGCCAAACGCACCACUAAGCGAGCCAUGACCAUGAUUGGAUUGGCCUGGUCCAUUUCGUUCAUCCUCUGGGCGCCAGCUAUCCUCUUCUGGCAGUAUUUCGUCGGGGAACGAACGGUUCCUCCGGAUGAAUGCUACAUCCAGUUCCUCUCGGAGCCGAUCACCACUUUCUGCACAGCCAUCGCUGCUUUCUAUCUGCCUGUUACCAUCAUGACCGUCCUCUACUGGCGGAUCUACAAGGAGACGGAGAACCGCUCCAAAGAGCUGGCUGGACUCAAGGGUUCGGGGAACCAAGGGAGUCCGGAGGAAUCCGUGCAAAAAUGCUCACGCAGUCACAGCAGUUAUGAGCUCCACCAGAGAAACUCAGGGAGGACCAAAGCGGGGCGUUUUUGGUUCUGGCCGUUGAGUCGGAAAGCUCGGAAGAGUCACGGCAGCGAGAUGGACCGCAGUAGCAGUGAUAGCUGGAAUAAUAACGAAACCGCCGUGUCCGUCGACCAAUCGGAUGAUGAGGAGGAGGAAGAUGGAGAAGCCGUGUGCUCGAUCUCUGAGAACCUCCACCAAGAUGCGAGACCUUCCAGAAAGGGAUUGGACUCCAAAGCACCCAAAGAUCAACCCAACGCCAAAGAUGGCAAACGCUUCGCCUGCAAGGCCAAGACGCAGGUCAACAAGCGCAAGAAGGUCUCUCUGGUGAAAGAGAAGAAAGCGGCGCAGACGCUGAGCGCCAUCCUCCUGGCCUUCAUCAUCACGUGGACGCCUUACAACAUCAUGGUCUUGGUGAACACCUUCUGCGACGAGUGCAUCCCCGAGACGCUGUGGGCUCUGGGAUACUGGCUGUGCUACGUCAACAGCACCGUCAACCCCAUGUGUUACGCGCUCUGCAACAAGACCUUUCGCACCACCUUCAGAUCCAUCCUGCUGUGCCAGUGGCGUCAGAAGAACAAACCCAACAAACCGCAGCUCCAGCAGAGACGGCCAGCGGACGCUUACCAGAAACAGAGUCCCGCGGAGAACUAG